UUCUUCGAGCUGGAGUCAGCUCCAGGGGUGUGAAAUGUGUGUAGAGGUGUUCUUUCUGAGCUGCUUUCCUGAAUGGCAGGUCACCACGUUUUGCUGUGGACUGCACAAAUCAAAGAGCAGUGCUAGCCGUGUGAGUACACACAGCAUUUAGUCCUCCUCUGGGUCUGAACAAGGAGGGACAAUGGAGCCAUUUGUGCCGUCUAUUGUCCCCUGAGUGUAGGCAGAAAUGGCUAGCAGUGGUCGACCUGAGAGAGACGGCAAAGGUGAAGACGGACAGGAAGCUCGGUCGGACCAGCAAGUACGAGGUCAAGACGGUGCUGUGGAACCCUCACCAUGUGAACAGACAGCUGCUUGUGUCUGCCAGCCAGCAGAAGCUGGAGCUCUGGAAUGUGGUUGCAGAGAGGAACACACUAGUUCACAGUUUCAAGGCCCACUCCAGACCCGUAAGCGAUGUUGGUUGGUCAUUCACAGACCCCAACCUCCUUGCCUCCUGUGCAAUGGACUCUUUCAUCAAUGUGUGGGACAUAAGAGAGACUAGACGUGCAAAGACGUACUUCAAAGCUGUUGUAGCUGGUGCAUCUCUUGUGCAGUGGAACAGAUUGAACGGAAACAUCAUAGCUUCAGCCCACGACUCGGAAAUCAGACUCUGGGACAUGAGGAAACCGUCCACGGCGUGGGGCUACAUCACGGCCCACAUGACGCGUAUCCACGAUAUUGACUGGAGCUACAGAGACCAGAGCCAGCUGACCACCUGCUCCCACGACUCCUCCGUCAAGUUCUGGGACACCGCCUCCACCAGGAGACCUCUCUCCGUCAUCAAGACUGGCUCCCAGCCCGUCUGGAGGGCCAGGAACUAUCCUGCAGGAGAAGGUGUGGCCAUGUUGCUGGUGCCUGCGCUGCACAGUCUGGACAACGGUGUCUUUCUGUGGAGUCGUUCCAACACCUCCAGUCCCGCCACCAUCCUCCACGGCCACAAGGCAGCCGUCGUUGGGGCUCAGUGGAGGAAAGUUGACUCAGGCUACCAGCUGCUGACUCUGUCUCGGGACCACACCCUCAGGGUGUGGCCAAUCAGCGACCAGCUCAGCAGCACCCUUGGUGCUGUUCCCAUGGAGACAGAGGGACAGGAAACGGAACCACACUCGGCGGUGGAACCGUCUCUCCCUUCUCACAUGGAGCUACUGGGGACUACUACCACUGACGUACAGAAGAAGUCGAUGCCCAUCUCCCUCUCCCCGUCCAAGAGCCCCGGCCCCGCCUCCCUGACAGCCUCCCACCCUCCCUCCUCCAUUGUCACCUCCACUUCCCCCACCUCAUUUCAUGACAAGUCGGGCAGUCCCGGCACGGGGUUCCAGCCAACCAAGGCCGCCCAGAAGCUGGAACACGAGUUCUCUCUACUCAACAAGUCCAUUCCAAACGUCACCAUCGAGAGUAUGGAUGCCACUCAGAGGAGCUGCACGGUGCUGGUGGAGCAGGGAGAGCACACUGUGAGAAUCAGAGUCUCCUUCCCCUCCCACUAUCCCAACGGAGCAGCGCCCUCCUUCCUCAUUGACAGGAGCACCUCCAUUGACAUCUCUAGUCAGCAGGACCUCAAUCGAAGUCUGAGUGACAUUGCCCACAGUCACGUGAAACUCAACCGACCGUGCCUCGAGCCCUGUCUCCGCAGACUCAGCAAGUACAUCGAAGGCCUAGGGAGCCAUCCGCCGCAGCCACCCCCCUCGCUACAGCCCAUCCCUCGCAAGCCUGAUCUGGACCUCAACUACUUUGGCCAGCUGGACGACGUCCGGAUUCCGUUCCCCCGUACCACGGGGGCCCGGUUCUGUUCCAAUGGUAUUCUGGUGAGCUUCACCGGACAGGCCAAACCAUUUGAAAGCAGGCAGACUCCUCGUGCACUGGACAUGGCAGACUACAGGCCUCGGCUGUGGUCCGGUAAAGGUCGCCGCUCCGGUCCCUACCUCUCAUCCUCGGUGCCCAAGGGCAGCUCGGGCAGUAACCUGAUGCAGCUGGCUCUGAGUGACCAGUCCUCCGCCUCCCCCGUUGUCUCGAUGGCCGACGUCUCCCAGCUCCUCCCCAUCAGCCAAGACCUCGCACAGAUGUACUGCCUGUCGGGAGCUGGUACAAUAGCAGACCUGUGCUCCAGGAAUGCUGCGGCAGCUGCGACAGUGGACCGCCCAGACCUGGUGAGGGCGUGGUCCGUCGCCGCCCUUGUGGCCGACUCGAGACUACCCGUGCCCUCUGACCCCAAUUGCGGAGUCCCCUGGUCCCAACACCCCUUCAGUCGCCACCUCAUCCACUCUCUGUUUGAGCACUACAGAGCCAUGCACGACGUGCAGACACUAGCAAUCCUCUCGUGCGUGUUCCAGAUCCACUGCAAUAACAUCUCCGAGGCCCUUCCAGGCUCCGCCUCCUCCAACCACACCCCUUCCAGCCACGCCUUCUCUCACUCGUUUGCUGCCACCCACUCGACAGUGGCCACACCCACAGCAGGGACGCCUCACUUGUCUUCCUCAUGGCAGGACAUCGGUAGCAAUUUCCCCAAUUCUAUUACCUUCACCGGUAAUGGAGGAGGAGGAGGAGGGGGACAGACAAUGGAGGACGAUGAAGAAGAUCAGCACCGUCAGAACUGUCUCCUGUUGGACCCGCUGCUAGUGAGGCAGGGAGACGAGUACCGCCGGUGCUACGCCAACAUCCUCUACCGCUGGCAGCUCCUGGAGAAGAGGGCAGAGGUGGUGAAACUCCAGAGCAUGCCCAGCAGGGACCACACCAAGAUUGGUUUCACAAACUAUUGUCGUGAGUGUGGGAAGCAGGUAAACGGACCAGUCUGUCGCAGCUCAAGGUGUUUCGCCUUUCACUGCAACAUCUGCAAUCUUUCUGUGAGAGGUAGCUCUAAUUUCUGCCUGGCCUGUGGUCACGGAGGACACACUGCUCACAUGCUGUGGUGGUUCGCCUCACACACUGUCUGUCCUGCUGGCUGUGGGUGCUUCUGUCUGGAGGCCAGUGGAUGGACCUAAUAAUAACAACUGCAAUUUUUAAACGUUUUUAUGUCAAUCUUUUUGUCGAUGGCACGCUAAUAAAGAACGAACGCAAUUGCGCAUGCGCAUACCGCACCCUGCACAAGCCGCUCGAUGAUCUAGGGAACGUCUAGACUUCGUUUUUGUACUUCUGCUGCGGGUUUCUUCUUCGUUCGUCGGUUGUAGGGUAAUACAAUGGAUGCCAGGUCGGCGGCACCAGAAGACGACUGGGUGUCUUCUCUGGAGGCGGCGCGUGUCACACACCACAGCGUGGAGCUGACGUGGAGAGCUCCGCAACACAGCCGCGAGGCGGGGGCCCACAGACCUGUGUACACAGUGCAGGAGGAAGAGGCGGGGAAAGGCAGAGGGUUUGCCAACAUUUACAGCGGCUACUCGAAGCACUGCCAGGCUACAGGACUCAGCUCUCUGACUACCUAUCACUACAGAAUCAGAACCAGCGUAGACUCGAAGCAUGGGCCAUGGAGUCAGCCAAUCGAGAUCACCACAACCAGACAGCCCAAGACUUCGGAGCACUUGCACAGGGCAAUCCAUAGGGAGAUACUGAACUCACACGAUCGAUUAUUGAGACAAGUCCUCAGUAUGUCGACACUCCAGAUAUCUAUGGACUGUCUCCAUUAAUGAAUGCUUGCAGACUUGGAAAUGCAAGCAUAGCUGAGCUGCUACUUGACUUGGGAGCCGACAAGGAAUACUGCAAUAAAGCAGGAAAGACCAGUCUAAUGGAGGCUACCUACAACGGUCAUCUGGAGUGUGUCAAGCUGCUGGCAAGUCGCGGGGCCAGUUGGAAGAAACGUGACCAGUCAGGGAUGUCAGCUUUGCACUGGGCAGUGGAUGGUGGGCAUGAGGGAGUGGUGUACUAUGCUCUGAACGAGGAGGGAGUCAAGGUUGAUGAUGUUGGAGAAGACACCAUAUCACAGCUUACACCACUGCUCAAGGCUGCUUCAGCCAGUGGGAAUGCAGCGGUGGCACGGGUCCUGAUAGACCACGGUGCUGACGUCAACCGACCGAGCUCUGCAGGCCAGACUCCGCUCAUCCUGGCUGCAGUAGGCGGACACGAGGGACUCGCCAGAGUGCUCCUGGAGGCCGGAGCUGAUCCCGAGAGCUGUCAACAACCACGGUCAGACCUCUCUCGACAUUGCCAGGGCCCUAGAGAAGACUGCUGUGGUGAAGGUAUUGGAGGAGUACCAGGUACAGCACGGACAUGGAGCUCAUCACUAAACCAACCCCAUCUCUGUUUGUUCAUAUGUAUGACGACAUAGCACUGAGAACAGCUUUUCGUAGCUCAGUGUGCUUGACCUGUGUGCGACGCAUGCGCACUAAAGGCUUUGGCGAGCCCCCCACCCUAAAACUUCCCCGGCCGGCCGCCUGGGGUUGACUUGUCUGGUAAACUCUCUAGGGUAAACCCCGACCAGAUCCAGACUCCUCUGGACAGAAGACCACCCCAAGAUGAGCGCGAUGACUUCGAAGGGGUUCCCUGCUGAACAUCACAGCGGUCAAGGCCGUCCAUCAAGCGAGCACACUUGUUCCGUGUGCCUGGAGUUGUUUACCGAGCCAAAAGUCCUGCCGUGUUGCCACACCUUCUGUCUCGAGUGUCUGAACAAAACUGCUAGAGGUGGAGAUCAGGUCACUUGUCCAAAAUGCCGUAAAGAACAUCAAAUUCCGGCUGGUGGGAUGGAUGGGCUGCUAACUGAUUUCAUAGCGACACAUGAAGUCGAAGCUGCGAGGCUGUCAAAAAAUACCGAAACGCAAGUUUGCGGUGAGUGUGGGCAGUCUUGUACCAUAUCGCAUUUUUGUAUCAAUUGUCAAAAAUAUCUUUGCCGUGUGUGUGGGCUGGAGCUCCAUAAAAGGCUAAAAAUCUAUGAGGGGCAUAAAGUUUGUCCUAUCGCUGAGGUCGAUGCAGCUACAUUGCAGUCGUGCAAGGUUCAUUACUGUGCCCAGCACAAAGGGGAAGUUCUCAAGCUAUACUGCGAGGACUGCAAAAAGCUAAUCUGUCGUGACUGCACCCUAGUAGAGCAUCGCCAGCAUAACUUCAAGUUUGCCGAGGAAGCUCGUGAAAAUGUCGGGAAAGUAAUGAAGUCCUUAAAAUCCAACGUUGAAAAAAAGUUUACUGUUUUGAAGCAUAAUCUUCAGGGGAUUAAGACAGUCGAAGCAGCCGCAGUCGCUCAUCCCCAAACCUUGAAAGCCAAUAUAAAUUCAUUUUUCGAUAAUCUUGUUCGCUCAAUCGAAGCGCGACGUAAUGCUCUUCUGCAAGAAGCUGAAGGGGUUUGUCAGAAAGACCUGAAGCAGAUCUGGGCAGACAAGGAGUUUCACGAAGUGGGCAUUGGGCAUAUCUCCGCAGUUUUUAGUCUAGUUGACAAAGCUCUCACGUGUACCAAUGACAGUGAGAUGAUUCUUACCGC